GUCGCGCGCUGGCAGCAGCGACGCACGCGCGCGCCCUUACAGCCUGCUUCACGCUUCGGAAUCCUUGCGCUUCUCGUUUGCAAUGACCGGUCCGAAACACGAACCUCCGCGAUCGUUCCGUGCUCACAGAGUGUUUGCUCACCAGUGAUUUCAUUGAUCGGUGCUUUUGAGUGAGUGACGCUGGGAAUGUACGAGAAGUCGCACACGACGAGCUCACAAUGCCCCAAAUUGCAUUAAAUGGAUGCUGCUACUACAAGAAAAUCAAUGUACUGUGAUAAACGAUGUAUGAUACGACUACGACGAACAUUUUAAAAGUGACGUGAUAUAAGACAUAAGCAAAAUGAAAAACAGCGAGGAGUGUUUAGACUGAUCAAUGGACGUUGUGCCGAAACUGUGUGAUAUUUAUUGAUCUUAUUUAAAAAAUUAAGUUAGUUUAAAAGAAACUGUAAAUACAUACAAAAUAAUAUCGACGAGAUAGUCGCUGGAUGUGAACAGGACUUUAACCAGCGGCAAAGCAUAGUGGAGGCAUCGGCUAUCGCAGGCAUGGGAAUCAAAGUCAUGAUGAAAGCUUUCAAUAAGCCAAAAGACAUCCCAUCGCAGGUGCCGCCACUGACCCCGGGCACCAACAAGAAGAUGGCCGAGGCGCUGAAGGCCACCUUCGCCUCCUGGGAGAAGGAGCAGCUGCGCCUCGGCGUGCCGAAAGAUCCAAGACAGUGGAGCGAAGCAGCAGUGACGGCGUGGCUGCGUUGGGCGGCUCGAGAGUUCUCAUUAGAGGGUGUCGCCCUUCAACAGUUCGCGCGAGCUCAGGGCAAGGACAUCUGUGCGAUGGGCCGCGAGGAGUUCGUCGCCAGAGCGCCGGCAUUCAUGGGAGACAUACUUUGGGAACAUCUAGAGAUCUUACAAAAAGACGUAGAAAAAGAAAGGUCGCUGCUCGCCAACGUGCCGCCCAACAUGUACGAGAGCAACGUGUGCCUCCCAGAGCUGCCGGAGUACAUCCCACCGCCGGCACACCACUACAACAACAACAACAAUACGGGAGGUUAUACUACGGGCGGUCCUCGUGACACCAAUGCAUAUGGUUACACGGAAUCGAGCGGCGGCGCUGCACCCCCUCCCGCGCCCGCGGCCUCCUCCCCUUUAGACGAGUACUACCAGCCGGAGUAUCCGCCGGCGCCCGCGCCCACAGCACAGCCCUACCUCGAGGAAUAUUACCACCACGCGCAUGCGCACACGCAGCCUCUACUCACACACGAACCGAAGUACCAACCACAUGCAUAUACGAAGCCGUAUCCCAGAGGUGCCGGUGGAAGGUACGGUGAAGGUUACGGCGAGAGCUACACGCCAGAGUACGGCGGCGCGUGCGCUGAGUGGAACGAGUGGCCCGCCGAGCAACACGCGCUCAUACCGCAGGACAAGCUCCCCUACCCCGCUUCCGGACCUUGUUUUACUGGUUCAGGGCCUAUACAGCUGUGGCAGUUCUUGCUGGAGCUUCUCACCGACAAGAACUGUCAGGGAUUCAUCUCCUGGACAGGAGACGGAUGGGAAUUCAAACUCACCGACCCGGAUGAGGUGGCCAGACGCUGGGGCAUCCGUAAGAAUAAGCCCAAGAUGAACUACGAGAAACUAUCUCGAGGUCUCCGGUACUACUACGAUAAGAACAUCAUCCACAAGACGGCCGGAAAACGAUAUGUCUACCGCUUCGUGUGCGAUCUGCAGAGCCUGCUCGGAAUAUCUCCGGAGCAGCUUCACGCGAUGUACGAACCCAAAAUGGAGAAGAAAGACGACGAUUGAAGGCUCCGUAGCGGCUCGCUCUUGCUGCGAUCCCUCACGACCCCCCGUCGAUAAACUAGAUAGUAUUCAAAAUUAUACCCUUUGUCAAACAUAUUAAGAUACGUUUUUAAAUAAAUAUAAAGAAUAUCCGAAACGGUAUUUUUGAAAUCCUUUUAUAUUCAACAGUAACAUUAGAUACACAACUCACCAUAUUUUUACUUUAAUAUAGUGUAGUAACGUAACAUUUUUGGAUUUGAUCUCAUGCAGUCACAAAAGAAAUUAUUAACACACUAAUCAAAUUUAUGAUAAGCGACAUCACCGUGUGAAACUUUGAACCCUUAGAUUUGUGAAUACCAUCAUUUUAACCAACGGUGCCUUAUUAUAUGACAAACGCUUUUGAGUUUUGGGUUGACUACAAAAAGUUUAUUUAUUUAAUACACGCCAAGUUUCCUAAACUAACCUAUCAAUAUUUUACAAAAAUCUGAAUAAUAUCUACGCAUAACGUCGGACU